AUGACUUCGAGGCGGUCUUUCCCUGCAGAUGACUUCCGUGUCUACUAUGUCCUUGCAGAGUGCACAGAUAACUACGACCCCUUUCCAGCUAAGGAGGCUGAUGAGAACCACCCCCACUUCCAGGGGGUGACUGGCCUGCGGAACUUGGGCAACACCUGCUACAUGAACGCCAUCUUGCAGUGUCUCUGCAGCGUCUCACCGCUGGUGGAAUACUUUCUCUCUGGAAAGUACAUCACCUCUCUUCAAAAGGACUGCAGUGAGGUCGCCACUGCUUUUGCCUACCUGAUGACAGACAUGUGGCUUGGAGACUCAGACUGUGUGUCACCAGAAAUAUUUUGGUCAGCUCUUGGCAACCUGUACCCUGCAUUUAUGAAAAAGAGGCAACAAGAUGCCCAGGAAUUCUUGAUUUACGUCCUGAAUGAACUUCAUGAAGCUCUGAAAAAGUACCACCGAAGAAGAUCAUAUGAUAAAGGCUCUGUUCCAAGGUGCUGCAGGAAGGUGGUCACCAGCGAGUCCUCCAUCAUCACCCGGCUGUUUGAAGGGCAGCUCAGUUACGGCAUCGUGUGCUUAAAGUGUGAGAGUUGCACCUACAGGAAUGAGGCCUUCACAGUCCUCUCCCUCCCGGUUCCAUCAGAAGAUGAAUGUUCUCUUCAGGACUGUCUCCAAUGUUUUUUUCAACAAGAUACACUGACCUGGAACAACCAAAUUCACUGCUCCUUCUGUGAAACCAAGCAAGAAACAGCUGUAAGGGCCAGUAUUUCCAAAGCACCAAAAAUAAUUAUCUUUCACUUAAAAAGGUUUGACAUUCUGGGUACAAUGAAGAGGAAACUGAGAACAGAUAUUCAUUACCCGCUAACUAACUUGGACCUUACUCCUUACAUCUGUCCAGUUUUUCGGAAACACCCUAAAUAUAACCUCUGUGCAGUGGUGAACCACUUUGGUGAUCUGGAUGGUGGCCACUACACUGCUUUCUGCAAGAACUCUGUCACCCAGGCCUGGUACAGCUUUGAUGACACACGAGUCAGUGAGAUUCCAGAUACUUCAGUUCAAACUACUACAGCGUAUCUCCUGUUCUAUAGCUGCCAGCCCUUUUCUAUUCCUAUACAAAAAUGCAAGAGCUAGAAAAAUGGUGUUUCCGGAAAUUUGCAAAAACAAGCAACCAGAAACUAGUACUUUGGCUUUGCUUUGUCAUUAAAGUCUUGCUUCUUUCACUGACAUUUUUUGUUUUCUUGCAUAAUAUGCAACCUUUUAAAAGAUAAGUUAAAUAUCAGCUGUGUCAUGGUCUACUGGAAAAAGCAACAUGACAAUAAUGCAGUGCUAUUGGUAGGCGGCUUUCAAAGUACUACAGAUUAUGAUACAUUAACUAUAUAACUUAAGUGACUUUAACUGAUCAGAUAAUGUAGUCAAGAAGUUCUAAGUACCUUACACAAAUUUAGUACAAGAAAAGUUGUCAAUUUUCUAUUUCCAAUCCCACCCUUUUGUUUUGAGAGUCUACUAAUUUGUGACAUCGACCAGACUCAUCUUUAGGAUCCUGUUUUAUUGAUCUAAUUUAUAGCUGUGGAAUCCCUGAGGUAAAUAAACUGUAAGUUCCUCUAUCUCUUCUAAAUCAUUGCUUUGUAAAGAGGGGGUUCAGUGUACUUCACUUUGUAGUCAUGCCUGACUCCUGUUCCUUAAGUUAAUUGUAGGAAUUCUAUUGUUAGAACAAGUCUAGGUAUUCAGUUAUUACCUUGCACUGACUUGCACUUAUCACUUAUGAUUCCUGAUAUAACAGAAUAAGCAAACUAAAUUUUAAGUGGAUAUAGUA